CAAAUUAAUUUUAUAUUUAUUUUCUGUCCUUGUUGAGUUACAGUAGCUAGGAAACAUGCAGGUGUCAUCACUGUGCGUAGCAAAGUUUCCAUUAAGCGUGAAAGCGCAGCUUCCCACCUUGAAGACGCAGGAAUCCAUGGCGACUGCACCUAAGUGGGCCCAGAAAACCAUCGCUCUACCUCCUUACAAACGCGGCUGUCAUCUUGUUACUCCUAAGAUAGCGAAAGAAAUUGAACAAGAUCUUUCUGGAUUCAAGUGCGGUCUCGCUCAUCUCUUCUUGCAGCAUACAAGUGCUUCUCUUACUAUCAAUGAGAAUUACGACACUGAUGUUCGCGAUGAUACUGAGACAUUCCUCAAUCGAAUUGUUCCCGAGGGGCCAUCUGCACCUUGGAAGCACACACUAGAGGGUCAUGAUGACAUGCCGGCUCAUAUUAAGUCAUCAAUGUUUGGCUGUGCACUCACGAUACCGAUUACAGAUGGAAAGCUUAACAUGGGAACCUGGCAGGGUAUAUGGCUUUGUGAGCACCGGGAUCAUCCUACCUCACGAAGAGUCGUUGUCACUCUUAAUGGAAUAUGAGGCGUUUGGAUCUAUUUGCUCUACUUUACCUUCAUUUCAGAACUUAUAGCUGGAUACAUUUGCAAUUUAUUGUUUACCCUUUUUACAAUGUAAUUUGAGUACUUUACUAUGGAUACAACCAACUGUGAAACGUAUUCCGACCACUUAGUGCAUAUAAUCAUUCCAAAUCAUUAGUCAUUUUAUUUAGCUAGACAUUUUAUGAUGAAUAUUUCAAACAAUUUGUCAUUUUCUCGUGACUUUUAUAA